CACUCACACACUUUCCUUCCGUUUUGAGGUACAACUCAAGGAGUUGUCUGGCUUCACUAAGUGCUGGAAUUUAAGGCAGCCAUGGCUGAUGCACCUAAAAAAUGCAAGAUCUCCUCAUCUCGAAGGCUGGGAUUGAAGAUUAGGUUGUUGGCAGUUGCUGCUCAGAUGCUGCAAGAGGAAGCAGAGCAGAAAAUAAAGGAGAGAGAAGUUGCUCUGGCAGAAAGAGUUCCUCCUCUAAAUCUGUCUGGUCUGUCUUUGCAAGAGCUGCAGGAUCUAUGCAAAGACUUGCACCACAAGAUAGAUGUUGUAGAUGAGGAACACUAUGAUAUUGGUCUCAAGGUUUCCAAAAAUGACAAGGAGAUUGAAAACAUGAAUCUGAAGAUCAUUGAGAUUCAGAGUAAGUUCAAGAAGCCGACCCUGAGGAGAGUGAAGAUCUCAGCAGAGGCCAUGCUGAGCGUCCUGCUGGGCUCCAAACACAAAGAGUCCUUUGACUUCAAGGCCAACCUCAAAACAGUCAAGAAGGAAGAGGAAAAGAAGGAGGAGGUGACUGACUGGCGUAAGAACGUGGAAGCCAUGUCUGGUAUGGAGGGAAGAAAGAAGCUGUUUGAUGCCUCUGGAAACUAAAGAAACAAUUAUUUUUGCUUAAAGCAUCUUCUUCUUAUGAUGAAGGAUGAACCUACUGUCCGAUUUCUAUCAUAUUAAUUUAUGAAUUGCAGGUAGGAUAAACACCCUUUAAACCAGGAUUGUCUUGGGAAAACGUCGAAUAUUUUAAGAGAAAUUGUACAGUAAGCUUUAAGUUGUUUUUAACUUAUUCAUAGAAUAGGAAAAGAUGAAUCACAUAUAGUAUUAAAGACAUAGUGGUGUAUUCCUGUAUUAUGACUGACUUUAAUUUACUUCAGUAUUAACUGCUGUGUCUUUGCAGUGGCUGACCUUGAGAUGGCAGUAUAAUUCUUUCAAACCAUCACAGUCUACUCAGUGGACCUACAGUGUAGUGUGUUGGCUGAGGAGAAAUAUUGUUUGUCCUUCAUAAAUUAACAACUAGUAGUAGUCUGUUGAAAUAAAUUGCCAUCUACUUUGUCAGACAUCCAAUUUUUUGGCAAUUAAAGAUACAUUGCUAAGAAUUAAAAUUAAAUAGUGUUAUUGCAGCCUUGGUUAAAGUUAUUGCAG